ACCGAUCAAGAAGCACAUCGCUCCCGUGCAAUUUGGGACAACAAUCCGGUAAACACUACGUACCUUAUCAACAAUUUACUUUAUUUCAUAAUUUAGUAAGGUUUAAUUUUGCUUUCUUUUAACUAACAAAGCGAUGUUUUUUUCUUCUAUUUUUUGUAGGAAUCACUUAUUCCCGUCAUUCAUAAAGGGACCACUAACUUGCCCGCUUGGCAUGAUCGACUGUCGCCGUAUAUAGAGAGGACUGGGUUGGGUAUGUUGAGACAUUUCAUGCUGAUUGAAAUCGGCAACGAUCUGCUUACGGCAAUGGCAGAGCGAUGGCGCCGCGAACCCUUACGUUCCACCUUCAUGAGGGGGAAAUGACGAUCACCCUCAAAGACGUCGCAAUCCUCACCGGGCUGCCGAUAACUGGAGAUGCCAUCAUUGGUACCACUACCAAACCUGAUGCAGGUUGGGGUCCGCUCAUUCGUGAUCGUUUGAGCUUUUACAUGCCGACCACCAGACCAAUUCAAGGACGGGGGCAUCCACCAUUGAAUGCAGGACAAGUGCCGAUCCCGUGGCUUGUUACUCACAUCCAAAUGAGGUUGAAAUUGGCCCAGAGACUCCGGAAGAUCAAGUGGAGCGCUAUGCACGCAUCUACCUCAUUGGUUUGGUCGGUGGAUUUUUGUUCCCCGACAAGUGGAACCGGUGGAUUCAAGGCAUAUGGUUGCCAAUGCUCCUUGGUGAUUCCGACGCGAUCGGGGAAAAGAGCUGGGGAUCGGCCGUGUUAGCUGGCAUAUAUAGGGAGCUGUGUACUCGCUCGAAGGUGGGAGCGAAACAAGUUGGUGUUGCGAUGUUCAUCCUCCAGCUUUGGGUAUGAGAGCAUCUUCCAAUGUUCGCACCUCAAGACCCACGUCCAUUUUGGAGAGCAGAUGAUGAGCUACGAAAUCUGCAAAAUCCCCCCUAUGGUGUCAAGUAAAUUUAUUCCGUACUUAUCUAGAUUUAAAUUUAUUCCAUGCUUAGCUAGAUUUAAAUUACAUUUAUUCCGUACUUAGCCUAAUUGCAAAUUUAGUCCAUGCUUAGCUAGAUUUAAAUUAAAUAUAUUUUGUAUUUAUCCUAAUUGCAAUUUAUUCCAUCCUUUGCUUGCUUUAAAUUACAUUAGCUAGAUUUAAAUUUAUUCGUACUUAACCCAAGUUCAAAAUUAUUCAAUGCUUCAAAAAUUUCUUAUAUCCGUACUUUUACUUACAAGAGGGAUAGGAGCAAAUACAAACGACCAUCAACCUGAGCACUCUUUACUGUUUUAUCGUGCUGAGUGUGAUAAGCCUUGGUAGAACCAGGUAAUCAUGCUUUACAAUAUUUUAACGAAUUAAUUUUUUGUGAAUGUAAUUGGUCACUAAUUGCAAAUUAUUAGUGAGUAUAGGUUAUAUGGGACCCAUAUCCACGUGAAGUAGUCGAGCUGCAUCAUCUGAGACACCCCCAGGAUCACGAGACGUGGUUGUGCAAGGUGCCAUUGAUAUGCUGGCACAUUGUGGAGUGGCACCUACCCGAUCGAUCCUUGAGGCAAUAUCGAUUGGAGCAACCAAUUCCACAAACCCCACCUCAAGGUUUCAGGGAGCUUCAUGCCAUCGACCUCCAACACUCGGCAAAGAAUUGGCUUCUAAAGCAUAAGUUCUACAUCAACAUUUGGGAGAAUAGAGGGAAUUGGGUGGUCCAAGGGAUGUCAGAGACGAGACCUAUGGGUUACCACGAUGGGUACAUGCAGUGGUAUCGGAAGUUUACGCUUAGAUGGGUGUCAAAGCAAGGUGCUGUGACAAGUUCGUUGGUAAGUCAUCCUAAGUCUCCCUCGUAGCCUAAUUCUUUUGUUUUAAGAUUUAAUUAUUUUUUGUCAUAUACAUAAAAUUGCUUAGGUUGAUGGUUUGGAACACGCAAAGCACAUGGUGGAUCGUGCUCCAACCAUGGAUGAGCGCAAGACUUCUUUGUUGCGAAGACUUAUGAACAACAUCCUGAGUUGUACCCGAGAGCAAAGGAGGGAUGUCGUGGCAUAUCCUCCACUUCCCGCCCCGGCCCGCCCAUCAUUCCAUGAUGAUGAGCGCAUUGUGCCCCCCUGAGCCCCCACGAAAGAGCAAACGCAAGCCUCUGCCACAAUUUCAAGAGCUGCGUACAACUCAAGAUACCGAACUACCUGAACCAUUUAAAUACGAGUGGCCAUCUGCAACGUAGGUCGCUGGAGGGUCAUCAAGUUACACUCCAUCUCAGGAACCGAACAUUUUCCCCCAAGGGUUCCCUCAAUUCCACCAUUAGCAACAGACUCCGAUUUAUCAUACCCCGCUACAGCAAACCCCUCAGGUACCGAUCUACCACCCGACUACUGUUCCAUCUCAGCCACCACCACCUCCACCGCCUAUACAGACUCCAUUUGGGGCUCGAGUUAAGAGAAAUCCGAGACCAGUCGUUCAGCGAGCCCGCCAAGAAGGAGGGAGAGAUGGCGGAAGAAGGGGUCGAGGACGACGUGGAGGACGAGGAACAGAUGGGGACCAAGAUGAGGGGGAACCAAAUGAAGUCACCCAGUGAAAUUCUCAUGCUUUCUUUGUUUAUUUUAGUUUUAUGUCAUUUCACAGUGAACUAUCCAUGUUGUUUUGUGUUUCUCGAUCUUGUUGUUUGAGCUUGCAUUGUCUUUAAACUAUCCACGUUGUUUUUCUCCAUUCCUGUCUUAUGUUUUCGCCUCUAGUAAUCAAUGAUCUAUGUUUAG